AGUAAAAGAAAGCAGAGACUGAUCUCCUCUGCAAAGUUCUUACCUCACUCCCUUCUUAUCCCUUUUGAUUAUUUCUCUAUUUGGCGCUCUUUUUUCACUUCUCAAUCCCACCGUCAAUCGCUCCAGAGGAAUGACUCUGAUGACUACGCCGCCGCUAGAUCAGCAAAAGGACGAGGAGAUGCUCGUUCCGCAUUCUGACUUGGUCGAAGGACCUCAGCCCAUGGAAGUUGCUCAGCCUGAGGAGAAUCCGCCAGCCGAGGAGAUUCCCACUCUGAAAUUCACGUGGUACACCCAAGGUUUCACCAGGCUCAACGUUAGGAGGCUUUACUCUGAUGUAUUUGUUGUUGGAGGUUAUAAAUGGAGAUUAUUGAUUUUUCCAAAAGGAAACAAUGUCGACCAUUUGUCCAUGUACUUGGAUGUUGCUGACGCUGCGAGUUUGCCUUACGGGUGGAGCAGAUAUUCACACUUCAGCCUGGCUGUAGUGAAUCAAAUGAACAGCAAAAAUUCCAUCAGAAAAGAGACCCAACAUCAAUUCAAUGCAAGAGAAAGCGAUUGGGGGUUUACAUCAUUCAUGAAUCUCAGCGAGCUCUAUGAUCCCACUCGUGGAUAUUUAGUGAAUGAUACUCUUCUGAUCCAAGCUGAAGUUGAUGUGCCGAAGGUUAUAGAUUACUUGUCAUAUGACUCAAAGAAAGAGACUGGUUUUGUUGGACUUAAGAACCAAGGUGCUACCUGUUACAUGAAUUCUCUCCUACAGACAUUAUACCACAUUCCUUACUUCAGAAAGGCUGUUUACCACAUGCCAACAACUGAGAUUGAUGCACCUACGGCUAGUAUCCCAUUGGCGCUCCAGGGUUUGUUUUACAAGCUUCAAUAUAAUGACACCCGUGUAGGGACAAAGGAGCUGACAAAGUCUUUUGGUUGGGAUACGAAUGAUUCGUUCAUGCAACAUGAUGUUCAAGAACUCAACCGAGUUCUUUCUGAAAAGCUUGAGGACAAAAUGAAGGGGACUGUUGUGGAGGGAACAAUACAGAAGCUAUUUGAAGGUCACCAGAUGAAUUACAUUGCGUGCAUUAAUGUCGAUUACAAAUCUACAAGGAAAGAAUCAUUCUAUGACCUCCAGCUUGUUGUGAAAGGCUGCAAAGAUGUAUAUGCUUCUUUUGACAAGUAUGUUGAAGUUGAACGCCUUGAAGGAGACAACAAAUACCAGGCAGAAGGACAUGGUUUGCAGGAUGCGAAAAAAGGUGUUCUGUUCACUGACUUUGCACCCGUACUUCAACUUCAGCUCAAGAGGUUUGAAUAUGAUUUUAUGCGAGACACAAUGGUGAAGAUAAACGAUCGAUAUGAGUUUCCUCUUCACCUGGAUCUCGACAGAGAGAAUAGAAAAUACCUAUCCCCUGAUGCUGACAAGAGUGUUCGUAAUCUCUACACACUCCAUAGUGUCUUAGUCCACAGUGGAGGAGUGCAUGGAGGGCACUAUUAUGCUUUUAUUAGGCCAACACUCUCAGAUCAAUGGUAUAAGUUUGAUGAUGAACGGGUGACGAAGGAAGAAGUGAACAGGGCACUAGAAGAGCAAUAUGGGGGUGAAGAAGAGUUGCCGCAAAAUAAUCCUGGUGUCAAUAAUCCACCUUCUAAAUUCACAAAAUAUUCCAACGCAUACAUGCUUGUUUAUAUCCGGGAAAGCGACAAGGAUAAAAUAAUAUGCAACGUUGAUAAAAAAGAUGUUGCAGAACAUUUACGGGUGAGGCUGAAAAAAGAGCAAGAAGAAAAGGAAGAUAAAAGAAAAUAUAAGGCUCAAGCUCACCUUUUCACUACAAUCAAGGUCGCAAGAGAUGAAGACAUCACUGAGCAAAUUGGAAAGAGUAUGUAUCUUGAUCUUGUUGAUCAUGAAAAAGUUCAGAGUUUUCGAAUCCAGAAACAGACUCCCUUCCAACAAUUUAAGGAAGAGAUGGCCAAAGAAUUUGGUGUUCCGGUUCAGCUUCAGCGGUACUGGAUUUGGGCAGAGAGGCAAAACCAUACUUAUCGUCCCAACCGUCCCCUAUUACCUCAUGAAGAACUACAGACGGUUGGACAGAUAAGCGAGGCAUCUAACAAGGCAAACAAUGCUGAACUAAUGCUGUUUUUGGAAAUAGAGCGUGGAUUGGAUGCGCGUCCGGUUCCUCCCCCAGACAAGUCACCUGAAGACAUUCUCCUUUUCUUUAAGCUCUAUGACCCUGAGAAUGAAUUACUAAGAUAUGUUGGCAGGCUCAUGGUGAAAAGUUCCAGUAAGCCCAUGGAUAUAGUAGGGAAACUGAAUCAAAUGGCUGGCUUUUCUCCUGAUGAGGAAAUAGAACUUUUUGAGGAAAUACAGUUUGAACCUAGUGUAAUGUGCGAGCAUCUAGAUAAGAAGACUUCUUUCAGACUAUCCCAAAUUGUAAAUGGAGAUAUCAUUUGCUAUCAAAAACCUAUUUCCAUCCAGGAGAAUGAAUGUCCAUACCCGGAUGUGCCAUCGUUUUUGGAGUACGUACAUAAUCUACAGGUGGUGCGUUUUCGUAGACUGGAAAAACCAAAAGAAGAUGAAUUUACUAUGGAGUUGUCAAAGCUGCAUUCUUAUGAUGAUGUUGUGGAAAGAUUGGCUGAGAAACUUGGCAUUUAUGAUUCAUCUAAAAUUAGGCUUACUUCUCACAAUUGCUACUCCCAGCAACCCAUGCCUCAGCCUACCAAAUACCGUGAAGUAGAUCUUUCAGAUAUGUUAGCUCACCAUAAUCAGGCGUCUGACAUUUUGUAUUAUGAAGUUCUGGACAUUCCUCUUCCAGAACUGCAACGUCUUAAGACUCUAAAAGUAGCUUUCCAUCAUACCACAAAGGACGAAGUGGUAAUCCACAAUAUCAGACUGCAUAAGAAGAGUACUAUCGGAGAUGUUAUUAAUGAACUUAAAACAAAGGUGGAGCUUUCACAUCAGGAUGCAGAACUGAGGUUGCUUGAGGUGUUUUUCCACAAGAUCUACAAGAUCUUUCCAUCUACCGAAAGAAUUGAGAAUAUCAAUGAUCAGUACUGGACUUUACGAGCAGAGGAGAUACCUGAGGAAGAGAAGAACAUUGGCCCCAAUGAUCGAUUAAUUCACGUGUACCAUUUUACUAAAGAGACCGCACAAAAUCAGCAAGUACAAAAUUUCGGAGAUCCCUUCUUUUUGGUAAUACACGAAGGUGAAACUUUACAAGAAAUCAAGACCCGUAUCCAAAAGAAACUCCGUGUCCCUGAUGAGGACUUUGCCAAGUGGAAGUUUGCUUCAUUUUCGUUGGGACGUCCGGACUACUUGCAGGACACAGAUGUAGUUUAUAAUCGCUUUCAGAGAAAGGAUGUAUAUGGUGCAUGGGAGCAGUAUCUUGGGUUGGAGCACGUUGAUAAUUCUCCUAAAAGGGCUUAUGCUGCAAAUCAGAAUCGGCAUGCAUAUGAGAAGCCGAUGAAAAUAUACAAUUAGGAGGAGCAAGAGAGGAGACUUGCUACCCUUUUUUGGUGUGAUGGGUUGAGGAUGUAGGAGAGUCCCAGUUUAGAUUUUCACAAUAACCAAAAAUGGAAUAUGUAUCUUUCAGGGAAGACAGGUGUAGAUUAUAGUACUGACGGUAGUAAAGUGUGAUAGGGGUCUAUUUUGCUUCGGAGACCUCU